CUUCAUGGGAGCUAGCUGCUACCGCCUCAGCUUUCGGUAAACAUGAACAAAGCCACACUUAAAUACUGGCUCCUGUUACUGUGAAGAUCACGUACAAUACACGUCACUGCGUUUACCAGCAAAGCAGAAACAUUAUAAGAAUAUCUGACAAAUUCAGUUGCUGAACAAGACAAUGUCUGACAAGAACCAAACUUCAGAGCUUCCUGAUGCACACAGAGGGCGUCUAGAGGAAAACCCAGGCACUGGGCUAUUAAAUGUGAAGGAAGAGGAUGAGACAGAUGACAUGAAUAGUCAUCAGACUGAAAUACAUUGCUCCCUCCCUGCCGAUGCAGAUAACGCUGAUAUAGUGAAAGUUGAAAUAACAGAAAAUCUGUGUGUGAGACGUCAGCUGGGAACUCUGGAUGAGGAAACCAGUGACAGUACCAGCUCAGAUGCAGAUAACGCUGAUAUAGUGAAAGUUGAAAUAACAGAAAAUCUGUGUGUGAGACGUCAGCUGGGAACCCUGGAUGAGGAAACCAGUGACAGUACCAGCUCAGAUGAAGAUAUCACUGAUAUAGUGAAAGUUGAGAUAACAGAAGAUCUGUAUCCGUGUGAUCAGGUGAAGACUGAGGAGGAUGAAGUUCCUAUAAAUACAGCUACAGGCUUUGCUUAUAGUCAUGGACAGUGUGCUGAUACUUCUUUCAAUCACUUUCAAAAUCAAGGAAGCCACGCAGGACAUUUUUGUUCUGAAUGUGGGAAAUAUUUUACUGAGAAAGCAAGUCUUACUACUCAUCAGAAAAUUCAUACAGGAGAAAAAGCAUUUUCAUGUUCUGUCUGUGGUAAAACAUUUACUCUGAAAUCACAUCUUACAAAACAUGAGAAAAUUCAUACAGGAGAGAAGGCAUUUUCAUGUUCGGAAUGUGGGAAAUGUUUUAGACGGAAAUCGCAUCUUAUUACUCAUCAGAACGUUCAUACAGGAGAAAAAGCAUUUCCAUGUUCUGAAUGUGGGAAGUGUUUUACUCGGAAGUCAACUCUUAAUACUCAUCGAAAAAUUCAUACUGGAGAGAAAGCAUUUUCGUGUUCUGAUUGUGGGAAAUGUUUUAUUAUUAAAUCAGAUCUUAAAAAACAUCUGACAAUUCAUACUGGAGAAAAAGCAUUUUCAUGUUUUGAAUGUGGGAAAUGUUUUACUCUGAAAUCACAUCUUAUUAUUCAUCAGCAGAUUCAUACAGGAAAGAAAGCGUUUUCUUGUUCUGAAUGUGGGAGAUGUUUUAAUCUGAAAUCAUAUCUUAUAAAGCAUCAGAAAAUUCAUACAGGAGAGAAGGCAUUUUCAUGUUCUUACUGUGGGAAAUGUUUUACUCUAAAAUCUUAUCUUAUUGCUCAUCAGAAAAUUCAUACAUUAAAUAAAUAAUUUUGAUAUUUAGAAUAUAAGAGUUGGAACUUUAUAAACUUCAAAGAACGCAUUAAGAGCCAACUAUCUAAUAAUUGUUAAGCCAGUGCGUUUAGAACACCCUUGUUUUAUGGAAGUGGGAAUAUAGCUCGAAUAGAUGUGCUCUAUGGCUAGUAAAAUUAUGUUAAUACCAUAGAUGGUAGCCACUGUGCGAUCUAAGCAAUUAUAUUUUGCUAGCUGGCUUCAUUUCUGUUACUUGGUUACUGUGCCUUAAUUCUAUAUUUCAGAACAUUUAACCCCUGUGCAUUUCUGGUCUUUGUAUGGGGAUUGUUUUCUCCAUUUUAGGAAGCCUGCAGGAGGGAAAGAGGGUCUAAUAGCCCAGUCUUGCCGCACGCAGCAAGACCCACAAUAUUAUUAACAGACACACCCUUAACGACCAGCGAUGUACAAGGAACGUUGUGGUUUUUAAGGGGUUAAUUACGCCUAAGAAUGUAUUGUAUUGUAGUGUUGGUGAGAGAUCAGAAUUAAUAUAUAUAUAUUUAUAUAUAUGUGUCUGUGUUUUAAUUAUACAUAGUUCACAGAACAUUGGUGUGUUCUAAUGUCACUGGUUUAAAUAAACAAAGUGGUGUAAAGAUCGUUACAUUUUCCCUGAUAAACAUUCGUCUUUUUAAGUGCUCCUACAGUCACAUUGAUACCUUCAAAUAUCCCUGAUACCAGGCUACCUGCUUGAUUUUAGCUACAACUCAGUAUGACAUCAAUACAGAUUAACAAAUUUAUCCAGCAACGUCUAACUUUUCACAUGACAUUUAGUGGGAUAUGAAUGGCAAUAGCAUUUUUCAAUGGAAGAGCUAGUGAACAACAGAAGAAAGAAUAUCAGAGACCUACAGAAACUCUGUUUUUCCUUUUGUAGAUGUUAAUAAAGUUGUGGAAUCUAA